AUGAUUCACUUGUAUUUUUCCAUAAACGAGAAAAAAGCAAAUGCUGAACUUUAUGAAAAGCGUUUGGCUGAGCCAAUUCGUCUACUACUGGUUGAUCAAAAUAUAAAAUUCACUGAUGAUCGCGUUAAUAAAAGCGAUUGGCCUGCUAUAAAAUCACAAUUCCAGUUCGAACAACUACCUUGUCUCUACGAAGAUGAACAGCAAAUUGUCCAAUCUGGUGCUAUCCUGAGACAUCUUGCUCGCAAACACAAUUUGAAUGGUGGAAAUGAGCUGGAAACGACAUAUAUUGAUAUGUUUUACGAAGGCAUCCGUGAUCUACACACCAAAUAUACAAAGAUGAUUUAUUUGGCUUACGAAACUGAGAAGGAUUCCUAUAUAAAAGAUAUAUUACCAGUAGAACUAGCGAAACUUGAAAAAUUGCUUGCUACACGAGACAAUGGAAAAAAUUUCAUUCUGGGAAACAAGAUUUCAUUCGCAGAUUUUGCUCUUUUCGAAGAGCUUGACAUUCAUCAGAUUCUCGAUCCACAUUGUCUGAAUAAAUUUCCUCUUUUGAAGGCAUUUCAUCAACGAAUGCAAGAGAGACCAAAACUUAAGGAGUACUACGAGCAACGUAAUACAGCAAAGGUGCCAGUUAAUGGAAAUGGAAAGCAGUGA